AUGACCCCCUACUCCGGCCAGGCCCCGCCCCGCGGAGGACCGAGGGCGCGGCGACGGCCGACGGCCGCCGGCGGGCUCGGGAGGGAGGAGGGCCGGCGGGGCGCGCCGCGCGCCCCGCCCGGCUCCUCUCUUCCAUCCCGGCGUCCACGCCGGCGGGCAGAAGACCGCCCCCGGCCCCGAGACCUCGCGGCCCCGCGGGGGUGCCUCCCCCGCCCGCCCCGCUCGGCGGGGCGGGACGGGGCGCCGAGGGGAGACCCGGCACCCGCCAGCCGGCCCCGGCGCCCUCGGGGGAGCGUCCGCCCGCGGGGGCGCGCCCGACGUCCGCCGCCACCACCUCGCGUUCCUCCCGGGGCCGGGGUUUCCCUCGGCAACCCGGCGCCGGGCGGCAGCUGCACCCGGGAGGAGCCGCGAGGCUCGGACCGCCCGCGCGGGACCGAAGCCGCCCGGGGCACCUCGCGCCUGCCGCGCGUACGCGGCGCGCGCGUCCCUCCGGCGCUCGCCCGGAGUCGGGCCGGCUCCGCAGCCGCCCGCGACCCGGCCCCGUCCCCGCGACGGGCGGGCGAAGGGGGUGGGGGGGUGAGGCCGGGGGAAGCGGCCGACUUCCCGCGCCCCGCGCUCGGACCCGCCCCCGCCGCCUCCCCCGCGCGCGGCCGCCCGCGCGGCUUCCCUCGAGCGGACUCGGGGUGCCGGCGUCGACAGCGGCGGGGGCCGGUGGCGAGUUUCCGGCCGAGCGACGAAGCGGGGAGCCGUCCUUCCACCCUCCGCACCGCCGCCACCUCCCGACCCCGACCCCGCGGUCGGAGCGGGACUCGGCCGCGGGACGCUCCGGAGCGCGGCGACCCGGGCGAGGCCCGCGGGACGCGCGCGCGCGGGCGCGCGCCGGCGAGGCGACCGGACGGACCGGACCCGCGGCGUGCGGACCGACGGCGGACCGGCGCCGGGGGGGGAGAGAGACGCGCCGGAGCGCGCGCCCCACACGCGCCUCCCCCCCGGAGCUGCGCUCCGCGCCCUCGUCUCCCUUCUCUCUCGCCGGCAGGCGCGCGGAGCGACUUGCGGUGUUUUUUUUUCUUUCCCCGUUUCGACCGGGGGAGAGGAGCCGCGCUCCGCGCGGAGCGGGCUCGGGGAAGGGAAGGAAGGCUGCGCGCCCCCGCGCGCGCUCGUGCCACGGCUCGGCCGGACGCCCGGCCUCGGCCCCGGUAAUGAUCCUUCCGCAGGUUCACCUACGGAAACCUUGUUACGACUUUUACUUCCUCUAGAUAGUCAAGUUCGACCGUCUUCUCGACGCUCCGGCAGGGCCGUGGCCGACCCCGCCGGGGCCGAUCCGAGGACCUCACUAAACCAUCCAAUCGGUAGUAGCGACGGGCGGUGUGUACAAAGGGCAGGGACUUAAUCAACGCGAGCUUAUGACCCGCACUUACUGGGAAUUCCUCGUUCAUGGGGAAUAAUUGCAAUCCCCGAUCCCCAUCACGAAUGGGGUUCAACGGGUUACCCGCGCCUGCCGGCGUAGGGUAGACACAAGCUGAGCCAGUCAGUGUAGCGCGCGUGCAGCCCCGGACAUCUAAGGGCAUCACAGACCUGUUAUUGCUCAAUCUCGGGUGGCUGAACGCCACUUGUCCCUCUAAGAAGUUGGACGCCGACCGCUCGGGGGUCGCGUAACUAGUUAGCAUGCCAGAGUCUCGUUCGUUAUCGGAAUUAACCAGACAAAUCGCUCCACCAACUAAGAACGGCCAUGCACCACCACCCACGGAAUCGAGAAA